GUGGGCACAGGUGGGUGGCACUGGUGGGCACAGGUGGGUGGCACUGGUGGGCACAGGUGGGUGGGCACAGGUGGGUGGCACUGCUGGGCACAGGUAGGUGGCACUUCUGGGCACAGGUGGGUGCACUGCUGGGCACAGGUGGGUGCACUGCUGGGCAGAGGUGGGCGGAACUUGUGGGUGGCACUGCUGGGCACCGAUCAUCAGGGCACUGAUCAUCAGUGCCAUGAUGAUCGGUGCCGAUCCUCGCCCUGACAACUGCCGGUUCUCGGCAGUACUUUCCUCACGAUCUGACAGCGUGAGGAAAGUGCAGCCGAGAACCGGCACUUGCAU